AUGUCUGGAGAUGGGAAGAAAAACUCGGAGCUUCUCCUUGUGCCAAAGAAAACCAAAUCAGCCAAGGCUGGUCUGCAGUUCCCCGUGGGUCGUGUCUACCGGAUCCUUAAAAGAGGGAACUAUGCUGACAGGAUUGGCCCUGGUGCUGCCAUCUACCUGGCUGCGGUGCUGGAGUACCUGAGCACAGAGAUCCUGGAGCUGGCAGGGAAUGCUGCACGGGAAAACAAGAAAUCCAGGAUCAUGCCCAGGUACAUCCAGCUGGCCGUGAGAAACGAUGAUGAGCUGAACAAGCUCUUCUCCUGUGUGACUAUUGCUCAAGGCGGGGUAAUACCUAAUGUUCUUCCUGAACUUCUUCCUAAGAAGACCAUCUCGAUCAAGCCGCCCCACAAAAAUGCUCUGUCACAGGAGUUCUAA